CAAUAUGAUGAAGGUGUUACCAGCUCCAUUUUGAUAGAACAGGGGGGAGUGUGGUACGAUGCGGUUUUGGGACGAACACAACUCCCUGAUAACGGAAGUGAAAACCCCGUUAGAUGUCUCUUCCUGUGCGCCAUAUUAGAAGCUACAAGCUGAAGUCGUAAAGACAACUAAACACCCAGUAUUCCUGAUUAUUCUCGGCAUCACUCUGUCCAGCUGUGGAGGAUUGUUUGCGGGACUACUCUUGUACCUAGUCUGACUCUCCAGAUCUCAGUCUCUAACGACUGUAGUCGGCGAGUGGUUCAGACGUCACUGACAGGUUGCGACACCAGGGUGGUCCGCACAAAAUCCAGCGGAGACCUCCGUGACGUCCUCAAUUAAAGGCUCGCGUGGACCGGAAGCUCCCUGGCAGAAACCACUCUUCGAUCCACGACUGGAUGUUGCGUUGGAAAGACUGGGGAUCUGCGCCAGAGUCUAAACGCGAUUCGCGCGCAGUCAAAGUAUCAGUCAACCAACAUCCGAUUUUUGCAACUUGCCUCAUACUAUCAUCCGAGACUGCAGCUGGACGGUGUGGGGUUAGGAAAUGGCUCCUCAAUUCUGUCCUCUCUGCCCUCUCUCGUGCCUGCUUCCGCUCUGUCACGUGAUGUCAUGGCACCAGCUGCAUCCACGCGUUUCUCAGAAGACGCGUCGAUUGAGGAACCUGCUCCCGCUCCCACUAGGAUUUGGGUGAAGCGCCGCAGCAGCGUCCUCUCUGACGACGGAGCACCGGAAGUAGUAGUCAACACCGCAGACGAACCUCCUGCCAAGCGGACCCGCCUCCAGGAGUGUCCACGAGUUUCAGCGCGUGCCCGCGGCAUUCAGUUUGACCCCUUUCACUGGAGGUCUAACCCCUACGUUUGGCAGAGAGAGGACUACAGGUGUGAAAAGAGGAAGUCAACCACGUGGGGCCGGGACCCCUACACGUGGCGGAAGGAUUAGACCAAUGUCAGGCCCGCCUCGUGUUACACGUGGAAGAGGCCGCACCCUUAGACGGCGGCGAAUGCGCACUGUCGGCAUCAUUCGGUAUUUACGAAUCUCAUUGCGAAUUUGAAUUUUUUAUUGAUGGGUAAAAGUAUUUAUAUUGAUAUUUUUGAAGCUCGAUUGAUCAUUUUCGGCUCAGGAACGUCUUACGGUACCCCGCGUAUUACAAAGUAACCUAGAUAAGAAAAAAAUGCUGAACGUUUCAUCGAAGUAUUACCGGACGCCUUUACGCGUAUUUUUGAGCCCGGGACACAUUGUAGUAUUCUUAAGUAGUACCUGAGCCGACAACAACCAAUUGAGACAACCACGAUUGGUCAUAGUCGGCCCAGGUACUAGUUGAAAGUAACCCGAGUACUCUUAGACAUACUUAAAAUUACCCGAGGUACGGAAUAUAUUCUAAACGGUUCUCCGGCCGGAGUAUUGCCGAGUGCCAUUUAGCGUAUUUUCCGUACCCGGGGUUCAUUGUUGUAUACUUAAGAGUACCCGCUGUACUUAAAUGUAGUAACUGAGCCGACAACGAUCAAUUGAGCAUAAGUAAAAGAUCAGUUAUUAUGAGUUAUUGGUUUUAUUCAAUGCUUUCCGAUGGUUUAUAGAUAAAUAUCAGUGAAAUUAAACUGAUAUUUCACUGUUUUAAACAGUGAAAAUAUCGAUAUUUUUCACUGUUUAACUAUGAAAUGACGUCAUUUUUUUUAGACGAAAUGACGUCUCUUUUACAAUGUAAAUAAACGAUGAAAAAAGCAUGAGAAAAUUUGUUGGAUUCGAUGGAAUAUCGAUUUUAAUUCACUCGUGAUCAUAAAAAAUACAUAUUUUCACUCAUUGCUGCGCCACUCGUGAAACUAUUAUUUUGUAUGAUCACUCGUGAAAUAAAAUCGAUAUUCCAUCGAAUCCAAUUAAUAUCCUCUAUAAAUAAGUCUUUGGGCAAAGGCAUAUUUAUGAAAUCAAUUAAUGAAGCAUUGCUUUAUUGAAAUUUGUGAAUACCGAGAUGUUCGAUUUACGUUUGAAUUACAUUAAAUACGUUUAGAAAUCAAUAGAAAACUAUUUAUUGUAUUUAUCUGUUUAGUGCGUAGUUUAUUCUACAUCCAUAACAAGAAUGUUUGCUACUAGUAUAUAGGAAUUACUUUGCUCGUCGUUAUGUCCAUAAUCUUGUCCACUCGAUACCUACCAUAUACAUAAAGAUAAUUAAUGUUAUGCACAAUAAUCACAUUUUAACCAUGAAGAUCAAAGGUCAAAUACAAAACUUGAUGUGAAUGAAUGGCUUGUGCAAUCUCUUGCAUUUAAAGAUAGGUUGGUACUAUAUAACCAGUUUACGCACGUGAUAUACUGUGUAACGAACAGGUCAAGUUUAUACUUAAUUCAAAAUUCAAACUACAUCACUUUUGUCGAAAUUGUGCUUGCCCGCUUCAUGACUUCCUCGUUCAUCAAAAAUAACUUUGAGCAAAUGUAACAUUGCAACCGUCAAGGCCAUGUGCAUGCUGAGGUACUUCAUUACGAAAAUAUGGAACGAGGUCACCUUGCAUGUGUACUGAGCAUAAGAGCACCAAAAGUAACGUUAAGGUCAAAGUCUCACCUCGAGGUCAAACUACAGUACUUUAUUGUGUGAACGUACAUGUCUUCACGUGUUUCAAGUUGGUAUAUAUAUGCUACCUUACAGGUUCUAAGUAAUGAGUUGAGGUAAAAGGUCAUAUUUAAGCACUUUAUCAUCUGUCUAAACCAAUGCGUUAAGAAAUAUUAAUAAUGAUAGCUUUUGUUUUAUCCUUUGAUAGCCGUACAUAAACGUUGCAAACAAUCAUGUCCUCAAAUUGAAGCAACAUGCGGAUCGCGUUCAUGCGUCCCUACGUAAGUGUAGUAUUUUGUUGCCGCAUCAUGUUUUCUGAAUGAACGAAGUUAAAUGUCACCUCGCCUUAAUUAUCAUUUACAACGACAUAAAAUGGUCGCGUGUACGACUUGCAAUUUUCCAUCAAAAGUAAAUGUUAUACUUCAUGGUCAAAUGUCAAAAAUUAUUUAUCCAAAACAUAACUAAUUCCUGGAAUAAUGUUAAUAAAUUCCUUAGAUUAUCAUCUGACAUGACUUGCUGAUGUGUAUUGUGUGUUUUAUACUUGCUUAUUAGAGGUCACAAUUGAAGUGUAUUAUACUAAGAAGGCCUUUACACGACUUCCGAUGAGUAUUGCCCUAAACCAGGCAAUGCACCACUACAUGGUCACUGCUUGAAGGUUUAAGUUGAAUUUAGUUUCACGCUAUUUACUUUUUCUGAACAAAAAAGUUUUUCCAAUGGCUUGGUGAAAAUUAUGGAAAGGUCAUGGCUAGGUUUAGAUAAAUCAGUGCGUGUGUGGAAAACAUACAUUCUUAUGAAACUUGAGUAAUGAUAACUUUUAAAUAAGUAAUUUUGUUUAUAAGUUUGCUUUAGCUUAUGAUAUAGUUAGAUACAGAUCACAUAUGUAUAUGUCAGUUUGUAAUAGUUAUAUUUUUUGUCAAAUAUUGUGCAAGUUUUUAGUACUUUUUGGAGAGCAAUAAAGAUAUUCGAUAAGUAG